AUGAUCUUCAUCAGUGUCCAAAUGUUUAUUGGUGAGUUCAGUGGUGAAUAUGUAUUUGGUGAGUCAGUGUCAGUGAGUGAAGGAGAUUCUGUCACUUUAUACUCUGACGUUACUGAAAUAUGUAAAGAUGAUGACAUACUGUGGAAAUUUGAAGCUGAAGCAUCCCUCAUCGCUGAAAUCGAUACAGCUUAUGGAAUCUUCUCCACAUUUGAUGGUCCUGACGGGAGAUUCAGAGACAGACUGAAUCUGGACAAUCAAACUGGAUCUCUGACCAUCACAAACAUCACAACUCAACAUGCAGGACGUUAUGAACUAGAGAUAAUGGGAACAAAAUGGUCAUUAAAAACAUUCAGCGUUUCUGUCUAUGCUCGUCUGCCUGUUCCUAACAUUACCAGGGACUGUUCAUCAUCAUCAUCACAGCAGAAUUGUUCACUGCUGUGUUCAGUGCUGAAUGUGAGUCAUGUGACUCUCUCCUGGUUCAAAGGAAACAGUUUAUUGUCCAGCAUCAGUGCGUCUGAUCUCAGCAUCAGUCUCUCUCUAUCUCUGGAGGUGGAACAUCAGGAUAAAAACACCUACAGCUGUGUGUUAAACAACAACAUCAGCAACCUGACCACACAUCUGGACAUCAGUCAACCCUGUCACACAUGUUCAGAUCAGGGCCUACCUUUAUUUUAUAUAGUGCUGAUUUCUGCUGCUGGAUCUCUUUUGAUUGUAGUUUUAGUCGUGAUGUGCUGCAUCUGCAAGAAACUUAGAAAAACAGAAAUCAAAGUCGGAUGCUGUGUAUGAAAAUGUCCCCAAAAUACCAAUGAUCAAAUACUGCGAUUGAAAGGAUGUUAGCACUCAUACAGGACUCUGACUCACACUUUCUGCUUUUGUUGACAUACAUUCUCAGCCAAGAUGUUAUUAUUCUCUCUCAGUUCUGUUUUUGCUCUUCGUGUCACUUUUUUUUAGUUUUCAUUUAUUAAAUAUUGAUCCCAUUUACUGCUUGUUUUUUUGUUUGUUUGUUUGUUUGUUUUCUUGUAACUGAAUAUAAGCCUAACAGAUCUCAGAUCAUUAGGAUCAAGUCAGUUAGACAUGCCAAGGGUUCACUCUAAACAAGAGGUAUCUGCUUUUAGCCACCCGCAGUUGGAACCAGCUCCCAGAAGAGAUCAUAUGAGCUAAAUCAGUAGCCAUAUUUAAAUCCAGACUCAAAACACAUCUGUUUAGCUGUGUAUUUACUGAAUGAGCACUGUGCUAUGUCUGAACUGAUUGCACUGCACUGUAUUUUAUGUAUCCUCAUUUUAUUAACUGUUUUAACUGUUUUCCCGAUUUUGUUUAAAAGAAGUAUACUAAUAGCACACUUGAAUAAACUUCUUUUUUGUAAGGGUUGGCCAUACACUCUGUGACCCACCAGUUGAGAAACACUGCUCUAUUAGACAUUUUGGCAAUAGCACGCACAUCAUCGCUCUUUAGUGUUUAAUGCAGAAAUAUCUCUACAUUUACCCGAUAGAGUGCGCUAUUAAUAGAUGUUGCUGUUAAUAUGAUAAUUAUUGUGUAUAACAUAACUUGAAUUUCAUGAAACA